UGCAGGCAACCCCACCCCAUCGCCCCGCCGCACCUCCACCGUAACCUCUUUUCUUCUUCUCAAAUUGAUUCCUUCAGUGUGGAUCACUACUAGAACAGUCAUGUCAAGAAGGCCUUCAAAUCCCGCAAGGCGCUCUACGGCCACUGGAAUUUCUGGGGCAAGUUUUCGUCCUAAAUCACGCCCUUCUUCUUUGUUAUCCGUGGUCCUUGGUGCCCUGGGUGUCAUCCUCGUUGUUGGCUAUUUGUUUCGGGGCUCAGGUUUAUCAGGGACUAGCAGGGAAGCGGUUGCUGGAAUUGAUGCAUCUAUAGGCAACACAUGUACAUUGGAACUUUUGAGAGCAAUACCUAUCCUAAAGAAGGCAUAUGGUGCAAGCAUGCAAAAAGUUUUGCAUGUAGGACUUGAUACUUGUUCGGUGGUCUCCAAUUUGUUGAAAGACGAUGAUACUGAAGCCUGGGGUGUGGAGCCCUACGAUUUGGAGGAUCCCAGUGGGAGCUGCAAAAGCCUUGUGCACAGGGGCAUAGUACGCGUGGCAGAUAUCAAGUUUUCUCUUCCAUACAGGGAAAACUCAUUUUCUCUUGUUAUUGUGUCAGAUGCUGUGGAUUAUUUGUCCCCAAAAUACCUGAACAAGACUCUUUCUGAUUUGGCGAGGGUGUCAUCUGAUGGUCUCGUCAUAUUUACAGGUUUUCCAGGUCAUUCUAGAGCUAAUGUUGCUGAGCUAUCCAAGUUUGGGCGCCCGGCAAAAAUGCGCAGCUCUUCUUGGUGGGGUCGUUUUUUUGUCCAGACUAGUUUAAUGGAGAAUGAAGCUGCAGUAAAAAAGUUUGAACAGGUUGCAACCGAGAGCACAUACAUCCCAAGGUGCCAAGUUUUCCAUCUCAAGUCUUUUCGCUGACUUGCUUCAAUACUAGGACUGUCUUUAAAUUUUCACUUUAUUAAGCCACUGAAUCAAUAAUUAUUGAUUAGAUAAUUGGUAGGAUAGGAGUUAUUUAUUUAGUGCUUAUACAGUUUCCUUGCAUUAGAGAACAAUUUUUUGAACAGUUCAAAAGGCAAUAGGCACGAGUUUUUGGAAUUUGGCUAAUUAUCAGUUGCUGUGUCU